AUGACGACAAGGACGACGACGAGGAGAAACGACGAAGGCCAGCAGACACAACAGCGACAACCAGACACAACCAGCAGAUUACACACCAACUUGUCAACAACGUUCAACUCUUUAUGGUCGUCGUCGCCGGCUUCGCCGCCUUUGCCAAUGCUGGAGGACAGCACCAUUCGCAACUGGCUGUCCACACUAUCGCCGACUUCCGACCCCGAUGAGGAGAAGAGUCUCAAACGCAAGCGAAGCUUUGAGUCCUUUUCGCCGCAUCGUCUUCCCUCGCCGCCGUCCAGCCUGCCGCAUCCUGACCAGGACGCCAUGAAUCCCCACGAAGCCGGUACCACUCCGGCUACCCCCCUUCGAAAGAACGCGCCGCGGUUAUUACCGAAUGAAGAUGCUACCGAAGUGGACCUCGAGACUCCAAGGGGUCCGCGUGUAGACCCCUCUCAGGCAGCUCAGCAGACAGCCCAGUCCGACGCCAGUAGUAUUGCGUCUUCAAUCUCGGAGCAGACAUCGAUGUCGGAGCAGACAUCGGCGGCAUCUAAGAAGCGGAAACGACCAGUCAGUCCUCGUAAACAGUCAAACUUGAUCGCCAUUCAGAAUUCCAUGUACUAUAGGAGCUUCGACGGCGAGGUUGCGCCCCCCCCCGCACUCGAUCGUCUCCUUAUCGGCAUCGAGAGUCUGGGGAACGGUAUUGGUAUUGUUUCACCUACACAGGAGGAAUCUGUUCGGGCAAAUGCCUUGACAAAUCGCCAAUUUCGUUGGGUCCGAGACGAGACGUUUGCCCCUAACCGUGAUGAACUGGGUCCGACACCCUCCGUCAAAAGUGUCCGGAAAAUUUGGUCCGCUGCCUUUGGGGCGGAGACGGCCGGCCAUGAGGAAGGCCAGUGGACCUUAGCGGUUCACGGGCCGCUGCUCGGCAGCGCUCUGGAGGAAUUUGAACGCAUCGGCUGGUGCAGCUGCACGACGGCGCAAAUUCUUCCCAAGUACACGAGAUCCGACAAAUCCGCCCACCAUAACAAGAAGGUGGACUUGUGUGUCUACGUUAGUGAACAAUCGGACGAAGUCGAUGCAGCGAUCCUGGCUUCACAGACGGCAUCGAUUAAUCAAACCGACCACCCCAGUCUCAUUCGGACACCGAUCGGGCUGUCAAUCGAGACGAAAAUCACCGGCCAUGAUUGGGUAAACGCAGUUAAUCAGAUUACAGUUUGGCUUAUCGCCCAGUGGGAUUCGUUGGACGACUUCGUAUCAAGUGGUCAGCGCGUGCGUCCCGGCUAUACUCCAGCAGCCGCAGCGGGAUUGACUUUUCUGCCCGGCAUUAUUGUUCAAGGUCACGAAUGGUGGUUUGUCGCCGUGGUGAGGAAGCCCGAUGGUGCUACGGAGUUCUGGAGUAAGAAACUGAUUGGAUCAACCACAACAACGGAGGGCAUAUACCAGGUUGUGGCCGUGCUGCAGCUUCUGGGACGUUGGAUUGAGACCGAGUACUGGCCGUGGUUCCAGGCGGCCAUCCUCAAAAAAGCAUGA